GCCAUGAUAAAGCGCGAAAGAUGUAGCCUAUGUGGAUGUUGAAAUGUCAUCGAUUGGAUUUGAUUUAAAGCCUUAUACUUUCAAUUAAAUUUAUAGUAAAAUACCUGAAGCAUCAAAGUUUCCGACAAUCUUCAUUCAUUCCAGUCGGUUUUUACCUUUUAUCUGUUCAUUAUGCCACCGAACAAGAGUAAAAGACCAUGCAGGGAGGAAGGAGAGGAAAUGGAAAAGAAAAACAAGAGGCCAAGACUAGAGCAAGAAGAAGAAGACAUGGACAUUGGUGGAUUAAGAAGUCCAGCAUCAUCCCACAACAAGCCAGCUGAGUUAUUCCGUAAAGAUCUGAUUAGUGCUAUGAAGAUGGCUGACACAGAACAACUGGAUGUGGAGGACUACUUCCUAAUCGCUGAUCCGUGGAGACAGGACUGGGAGAAAGGUGUCCAGGUCCCGGUCAACGAAGACACCGUAAAGGAGGCCUGUAUCAAAGAAGUGAAGGACAAUGAUAGGACAGGUGGAGAUUUCAAAAUACCAAGGAAAUACCUUCAUGGUAUGAAAGAUGAAACAUUCCAGCAGGGAAUUCAUGAACUGACAGGCAUGCAGCAGUUAGCAGACCAGGUGAUUCGUUAUGAUUUGGAUGAUCUAGAUGUUUGCUGGUUAAAUCUGGCAAAUGAAGUGAGAGAAGAAACUUCAGAAAUAUUGAUUGAUGAAUGGGUGAUGGAACAAGUCAUUGAAGCUCUGGAAACUCAGUGCCAUGAAGUGAUGCAGAUAAAAAUGAAGACAGAGGAAGGACUGGGGAUUGAGUAUGAUGAGGACAUUGUUUGUGCUGUGUGUGCUUCACCAGAAAGUGAGGAAUGUAAUGAGAUGGUCUUUUGUGAUGGAUGUGACAUUUGUGUACAUCAGGCUUGUUAUGGUAUCCAGAAGAUUCCUGAAGGAAGCUGGUUGUGUAGAACGUGUGCCCUGGGCAUCAAACCUACCUGUAUUCUGUGUCCAAAGACAGGUGGUGCCAUGAAAAGUACACGGAGUGGUACAAAGUGGGCACAUGUAAAUUGUGCCUUGUGGAUCCCAGAAGUCAGUAUAGGGUGUGUAGAGAAGAUGGAACCUGUCACCAAAAUAUCUCAGAUUCCUGCCAGUCGUUGGUCGUUGAUUUGUUGUUUGUGUAAGGAGAGGUGUGGCGCCUGUAUCCAGUGCUCAGUCAAGUCCUGUAAGACAGCGUUCCAUGUCAGCUGUGCCUUCCAGAGCAAUCUAGAGAUGAAAACAAUCCUUACAGAUGAAAUAGCUGAUGAUGGUGGAGUAAAGCUUAAGGCCUAUUGUCCAAGACAUAGCAAGAAGGGAGAGCGAAGAAAUUCAGAGUCAGACUCAGAAUCUCCAAGGAAGAGCAUAGGAGGGUCCCCUAGGAAAGAGCUGUCAGACGAAGAAAUAGCCAAAAUGAGGGCAGAAAAAAUGCAGCAGCUAAAUGAAGAUUUCUACACCUUUGUGAAUGUGGAAGAAAUUGCAAAGCAAUUUAACCUUGAUGAGAGUGCUGUGGAAAUGAUUUAUGUUUACUGGAAGCUAAAGAGAAAGGCUCAGUUUGAUGUUCCUCUGUUGACACCAAAGAAGGAAGAAGAGGACCUUCUGGAGAAACAACAGGAGGAUUCUCUGGUGGCCAGGAUGAAGAUGUUUGUCCAACUCAGACAGGAUCUAGAGAGGGUCCGGAAUCUCUGCUACAUGGUGAGCAAAAGAGAAAAGAUGAAGAAACAAUUCUACAAGGACCGUGAAGCAGUAUUCAUGGCCAUGAACAAAAUAUUAACAAAUACCAAGUUACAUUUGGGUCAGAGAGAAGUGAACAAAAUUGUGGACAUGUACCAUUUUGAUAGUAUCUAUGAUACUAAGGUCUUAGAAACUGUGAGGAUCCCUCCUGAAGUUGGUGAGGAUGAGGAGGAGGCAAUGGAAGAGGAGGAGAUGAAAACUAAAGUGGAGGAUCUCCUCUUGAUGCCUGCUGAAACAAAGAAGGAAGAACCUGAGGAUCAGAAGCAGACAAAAUCAAAAAAACCAAACACCAAAUUACCAGAUAAAUCUGAAAGGUCUCGGAUUAGGCAGAAGAAGACACUACGCAAGAGAAGUCGGAAAGAGAGCGAAGUAUUCAAGGAGAUGUCUGAUGAUGGGGACACAGAAAUGACUGAUGUUGAUUCUCUGUGCAGUGAACCAAGACUGACUGCAGAGUCGAGGUCUCUACGGUCUCAGAAGUCUCCGGGUGGCUCACUGUGUGAAGUGGAAAUGGCAGUGAAUCAGCACAACAAGAGAAUCUCACCAGAGAAGACAAAGCAGAAGGAAUAUGUGGAGGAUCUGAAACCACAAGUAGAAGUCAGGCAAAGGGCAAGAAGGGAAUCUUUCACAAAGGCAGAAAGGGAAUUACGAAAAGUUACCAGAAUGGAGUCGAGUGAUGAAUUGAGUGUCCCAGAGUUAGUGACAAGUUCAAAGUCAAAUAUGGUGUCAGACAAAGUGAAAGAGGAAGUUAAUGCAUACUUACGAAACUCAAAACUUGUUAUAUCGGACAAAAUAAAGAACAGAGUUCAUAGGGGCUUGGAAAGGCACAGGACACAAAUUGCAAACAUUGCAAGUGGCUAUGUUCAGACAUCUUUGGACACAUUGUUCAAAAAUAGACUAGGAACAAAAUCUCCCAUCACCAAGUGUCCCAGUACAAGAUCACCAACUCCAAAAUCACCUGUCUCACGUGUUCUCAAUGAGAUCUCACCUUCUCGAACAAGACAUGGGUCAAGCAAUAGCAUUUGUCGAUCUCAACCAAGCUCUCCCAAAGAGACAAAAAGCAUUUCUGAGGGCAUCUCAAAUUCAAUGGAAAAAAAUCUCAAUGGCAGUCUGCCAAGGGAAACACGCAGUGUACGCAGACGUAUCGACAACGUGUUUGAUGUAUUUCACAUGGACUUUGGUCGGAAGAGUAGCAGAGAAAAUUCUCCAGAGAGUUCAGUGCGUAGUAUUAGACAGCUUAGAUCACUGUCUCCAGCCUCUGUAAACAGUGAGCUGGUGGAUGUGGAAAACAUUUACGAAUCUGAUAAUACUCUGAAGCGAAUUACCAGAAGUCAGGGCCUGGACUCUGCGGAGAAUUCUAGAGACUCGUUUACAAGUUCACGCAGUGGUGAGUUACGGACGGAUUUUAUCCUGGAAAAAAUGCAACCACCGCCCCGAAAGGUAAAAUACACAACUGCACUCAAAAACAUCCACUCGGAGCAGGUGAGCAAACUACAAAGUAAAGUACAGCAGGAUUGCGAUCUUCUGGAUGACAUCAGAAACUUCAGCAGACAGAGGUCUAUCAUAGAAAAGGAAUAUGGACAGGCUCUGUUGAAAUUGACCACAGGUUUAUUAAAAAGAGAAUUCCAAGCUACGCCAGAUCUUCAGAACGAGGAUGGAGUAGAGGCCAAGACAGCGCUAGAAGUAUGGCGGCUGAUCUUGGAGGAGACAGAGAAGCUGGCCAAAGCCAGACUUCAAGUGGCUGAAAUUCUUAUGGAAGGGAUUGCCGAGCCAAUCAAACCUUACCGCAUGGCCAAGCAGCAAAUUCAGAAAAGGUUGAUGCCUCAGUUAAAUGUUCUACAAAAUGAGGUUGGACAAACAGUAUUAGAGAUGGCUAAGGCCCAGAAAGAAUACAGUAUGGAGGAAACUUUGGCUCAUGAUGCCAGGGUCAAAUCAGAAGAACUCACUCAAAAAUUAGCCAAAAGAUCAUCAGGAAUAUUCCAGUCUAAGACAAGUCUACAAAAACAGUGUGCCAAGUUUACAGCAAGACGAGAUGCGUACAAUGCCAAAUCUGUUGCAGCUCGCAAUGACUACCUUCUUCACAUAGCAGCUGCUAAUGCACACCAGUCUCGUUACUAUAACACGGAUCUCUUACAGCUCAUGAAAGCUUUAGAUGGAGAUAUGUAUGAAAAAAUCCUGGAAUACUUUCAUACCAUGGGCAAAGCUUUAUUGGAUGUAAGCAGUUUGGAGAAGACAGCCAGUGAAACCAUUACUAAACAGGCAGAUAUGAUAUGCCGAGAUUUUAAUCAUCAAGUCUUUAUGUACCGUAACCCAGUAUUUACGGAGCCUGUGCAAUAUGUAUUUCAACCUUGCCAAAAUGAUGAGUGCAAUACUUUAACAAAAGAGCAUAAUGGAGGCCAUCAGUUGGACAAGGAAGCCAGAAAGUGGGCAACAAAGAUUGCCAAGGAAACACGCUCCUUACGACAAAACAGAAAAACUCUCCAGGCAUUAGAAAAUCUGUACAGGGGAGAUAAGGCUUCAGAUGGAAGCAAUACCUCAGAAAUACAGGAACUGGAGAUGAAGAUUGAUGAAAUGAGAGAGGUCAUACGAAAAUCAGAGAUAGGAAAAGCAAAAGCUGAAGCAAGAAUAGCACUAUUGAGGAAGAAAGUGAAUGUUGACGAGUGGUUGGCAAGUGCCCAGGCAGAGAGUCUACGGGCCGAGGAGGAAGAGCAGUCCCUCAGAUCCAGCCAGGGUUCUGUCUUCACAGACAGCUCAAUAAAAAGUGAUGAAGAGCCAACUUACACAAAUUACGACUAUGACGAUGACUUUAUUGAUGACGAACCAAGAAGAGAGAAGAGCCUGGUCAAUUAUGAAAUGGACACCUACAGCAACUUUAAUUACACUAGUCACUACCCACAGCAGUGCAGAGCAAUAUAUGAUUUCCAGGGCUCUAAUGUGGAUGAGCUAAAUUUGCGGGAGAAUGAGGAGUUGGAGAUAAUUGCUGACGGUGAUGGAGAUGGUUGGCUGAGAGCCAGGAACUCAGAGGGCCUUAUUGGGAUGAUCCCCUCCAACUACAUAGAAAUACUGGGUUCUAGGGGCUCUGUAUCUAGUGGUGGAAAUAUGGAAAUGUCAGCAAAUGGCAGCCAUGUUGACAGUGGUUGCUACAAUGACAGCACACAGGAAGUGAUGUCAUACUCAUCAGGUGACAUGGAGGUUCAGCACACAACCAAUCAAAUGCCCGUUGAUAACCAUCUUCCAUUAGGAGAGGGUUCCUGGGCCAGAGCUAUAUAUGACUAUGAAGCUUGUUCUGGAGAGGAGUUGUCUUUCAUGACAGGUACUCUGAUCCGAAUCCUUCGUAAGGAUGAGAAUGGAGUUGAUGAUGGAUUCUGGGAGGGAGAGUUGAAUGGAAGGAUAGGGGUGUUUCCCUCUCUAGUUGUAGAGGAGCUUGGUGUGGAUGGGAAUAAUGGCAUGAUUUCACCAGAGGAGCACCCUCCCCCUCCAAGUUUUGUACCCCCUCCCCCAGUGACCAUCACUGCUGCCACCCCAGAGUCUGAACAUCCUCCUUCAAUAAACUCAGGAUACAGUUUAAGGAAAGAUGUAUCAAAUGGAGAUGACCAGAUUGGUCAUAAGAGAGUACGAUUUCAGGAAAGGACCAGAAAGAAUUACACCCAGCUAAAAUCUCGGCAGUCAGGUUGCAGAUCACAAGAAGAAAUCUGUGUGUUUGAUGCCAAGUUCAGUGAAGAUGGAGAGGAAUCUCUAGUAUGAUGUCAUCAGACUAUUUAUAGACAUAGGAAUCUCCUUCUCUGCAUUAUAUAUUCUGAUGUUUUAGUUGUAAAUGUAACAUUUUUAUAUACAUGUAUAAGAUUUCAGUUUACAAUGUGUAUAACAUGUUUUGUGUAAUUUGCACACAAAGAGAAUUGAAGAUUUGAGAGAAUUUUAAGAGUGUUCAUUGAAAAAAAAAAUCUGCAUAUACAUAUUUUACAGUAUAUAUCUUAAUCAUAUCCAAUUAUUCAUAUAAGCAUGUAAUUCAGUAUAUUUAAUAUUACACACAAUAGAAAUUUGAUAUAGAGUAUUUGCAUAUAGAUUUUUUGAAAAAUAACAAAGGUUUUGGUGAAUUUACCUCUUAUAUUGAUGGAGUAUUAAAGAAAGGAGAAGGCAAGGAUUUAUACAUGUAUCAGGUACCCAAUUUAUGCAAACAUAAUAUUACUUUGAAAUCCAGAAAACAUAAAAGAGUGAAUGUUGUACAUAUAGAUCUUACUAUGUAAGAGCUUAGUCUCCCAUCUCUAUUAAUCAUACCCCCCCCCCCCCUCCCUUGAGAAGGUGUAAUUAUGCAUGCAUUAUGCACAUUAUCCAUUAUGCAAUGUCAUCAUCUGCACAUUGAAUAUAUGUUUGUGUUUAGUGUUGUGAGACAUUCAGAGGUCACUCAAAAUCACAUCUUUGAUAUAUACAUGUACAUGUAGUUACGUAAGAGUUGUGGUUCUUGAUAUCGUUUCCUAUUAAAUAUUGCAUAAGGUUGACAUUUUUAUAAUUACAUAACCCCCCCCCCCCCCCCUUUCCGUGACAUCAUUAACUAAAUGCAAAAAAUUCUUACCAGAAUCACAUAUUCUAAAAAUCAAAGAACUUAUCUUCACAUAAAUCAGAAAAAAAGGUGUUCCAUUUUCCACAUUUCAUUGUUGUAUUGUAGCCUUCUGUGCCAAAUGUUUGUACAAUAAUCAUGAAUAUCAUUACAUGACACGGUUUACUUUAUAUUUACUUUCGUUGUUGUGGUGUUUCAAUUUAAGAAUUACCAAUAACAAACUAAUUUAGCUCAUAGUGCAUUGUUUGAUGAAGUUUUGUUUGGGGGAAUUUUUGUAAAAUAUCAGAAAUUGUAUAUUUGAUUAUGUUACAUUUUAGGCAAAUUAUUUUCUAGUGGUGCAUUAUUGUGAAUUUAAAAGCAAAAAUCAGUCAAUUUUUUAUCUGUGCCAUAUUGUUUUGGGAUUUAUAAUUGCUUUAAAUGAAGUUCAGAUAGAAACUACAAAACUAAUGAACAUAUGUGUUUUGGAAUCCUUGAAAGAAAACUUUAAAUCAUUAGGGGGUUUCUAAAUGUUUGCUUUUUUUUUUCAAUUAUACAGGUGAUUUUUUUUUUUAUUUUACAGGCUUUUUCUGUUAAUGAAUUGUUAUGUUGUUAUUAUUUUUAUGAACGUCUAUGAUGCAUUCCAAACUAUUAUACUAUUUUUUAAAAGGCAGGUAGCUGACUUUGAUCUGAAAACUAUCAUUUAAAUAAUCUGUUUAUUUUGAAAGAUGAAUAUGUAUAGAUUAAUUAUGAAAGACAAUUUUUUCUGUGUUUAUGGCCAGAAUUUUUCAUCUAGAUUCCAGAAUUUUAUACUUAAUUGCAUUCCACAUUCAUGUAUAUGAUUGACAUUUACUAUUUUAUAAUAGUUCCGCAUUCCAAGUACAGAAUCAAAGAAAUAAAAAUUGUAUUUAGAUUAAUAAGUAUCCUAGCUACCUUUAUAUUAAUUAAUUAAAUCAGAUACAGUUUCUAUAGUCAAGGGAAAUAUUUUGCAGAUUCAUUAACAUAAAACUGAAAGGUUUUUAUUUUGUUGUCGAGAGAAUACACAGGCAUCCUGAUGAAACAGAAUUUGUAAAUAAUUUUUGCCAUCUUGUACAUCUUUAAACAGUGCUGAGAUACAGGUACUAUCUAGUCAAACUUGUAGUGAGGAUAUUAUUUUACUUCAUCAUUAGCAAGCUGUGUAUGAGGGCAGCACAGACUUGAUUUAUGUACCCAAGGUCACCAACUUGUCAUUUAAUUUAUGUAUUUAGACAGUAAUAUUAUGUUACUUCCAAUAAAUUGUUAUCAUGAGAA